GGAAUCGACAAGCAAAAUGUACUUCAGUUAUGCGCAAGCUCCUGACUCCAUCAUGCUCACCGCACGUUCUUGUGUGGCAUGAUGAAACUCGCGUUCGUUCAGUUCCCUACCGUUUUGGAACCCACCUCUGCACUGCUGAGUCUGUUAGCGCCGCCAACUACGUGUCCCAGCAGCUAUUUUGUGUUGCACAUCUAGUAAUUGUGAUCUCGAUCCUACACCUAAUAAAAUCGCUCUCGAGGCUUUAGCAUUUUCAUUGAAAUAGCUGGAUUGUUGCGGGUAAGAUGCAAUAUCGG